CAUAUAGGAAGCGUUCCUCUAUGCCUUCAAGUGGCGAUGGGACAGCAGCCAAGCAAGGGGCUGGGCAAUGAGGUCUCCGAAAAAACGGUGAAGGCCUUUGAGCUUUUGAAUCUCUACAAGGAGCUGGAGGAGAGCCUGGCUUUGGGGGAGCUGAGACCCGUGGCCGAGGCUUAUCGCCAGAUCCUGUCGUGGUGCCGAGCGCGGCGAGAUCGGGACUUGCAGAGCGUGCUGGAGCUGCUGGGAACGGAGGAGCGUUGCCCUGCUUGGCGGCGGCAAGCGCUGGAAGACGCCUUCCGCCUCUUCUACGACGAGGCAGCGGCCCUUGGCGUCGAAGGUUUGGCGCAGCUCAAAGAGCCGCCGACUUCGGAGGAAAUCGGGUUCCGCCAGCUGCCAGAGGCACUGGUGGAUGCCCAGGCUUGGAAGCGAAAGAGCUACUCAGGAUUCUUCGAAGAGUCCGGCAACUUGGUGUACCGGCGUCGCUGGGAGUACGAGAUCCUGCGUGUGGACGGAGGCCAGAUCUGCGGGCGCAAGAUCGUCACCGCAGCCCAGUCCAGCUACAUAUGCUCCACAGCCCUCGCAGUGAAGGCGAUCCAAACGCUCGUGCCGGUGGACGAGUGCUGCGCAGUGCGCGAGGACGCCCGGGCAAUGCGCGGCCCCUUCUUGCUCCCGAAGGGCCCGCGAGGAGCGAUGCGGUGGGAGCCGGCGGACGAGGGCCAGGAGUCCGUGUCCGAUUUCGCAGCUCCCAAGGUUUGUGAGCCCCUGCACUUCGAGGACGGCUGUGUGGCGCCCGCCCGCGCCCGCCUUGCCUUCCCCAAGCCUCGAGGCAUUUAAUCGGCCUUCCCGACUCUGUGGAGACGAUGCGCUUAGUUUGCCAUCGGCAAAAGGCACUACGAUCCCCAGCCGGGAUUUUCUAGCGCGGUUUCCUCGCGCGGCCCAAAAAAGGUGGGUUGGGGAGUUGACU